AUGGCUCCGAAACACUUCAAGUUCAUAAUCCUAGGCUCUGGUCAGGCUGCACCACCACUGGCUACCGCUUUGACCACAGCACACGGGAAAGGUUCCACACUCAUUGUCGAAAAGGCAUUCAUCGGUGGAACAUGUGUCAAUUACGGAUGUACGCCUACGAAGACCAUGAUCUCAAGUGGAAGGGUAGCACACCUUUCUGCUCGGGGAAAUGAUUAUGGGAUUGCCACUGCUGUUGCGGAGAAGGGAUCUAUUAGUGGACUUGUGGAUAUGGAGAAAGUGAGGCAGAGGAAGAGGGAUAUCGUUGCUUCUUUUAGGGGUGGGAACGAAGGGAGAUUGGAGAAGGCGGGAGUGGUGGUGAAAUACGGAACUGGGAGGUUUAUUGCUCCCAAAAUCGUAUCUGUGAAGAAUAGGGAUACCAAUCAGGAAGAGGAGUAUUCUGCCGAUACGAUAUUUAUCAAUACGGGGUGUCGACCUGCGGAACCAAAACUUCCGGGGAUUGAGACGGUCGACGCCGCAAGGGUUUUGGAUUCUACGUCUAUUAUGGAAUUAGGUGAAGUUCCAGGGAAGUUAAUUGUGGUUGGAGCCGGGUAUGUGGGAUUGGAGUUUGGACAGUUGUUUAGGAGACUUGGUGCCGAUGUUACCGUUGUCGGAAGGGACAAACAGGUUUUGGCGAGAGAGGAUCAGGAUAUUGCCGAUGAAAUGGGGAAAAUAUUGGUAGAAGAUGGGAUUGAACUGCAACUUGGGAUGGAUACAGUACGACUUGAAGCCGUGAAUGAGGGGGGUAUGAAGAUCAGACUGGUUUAUAAACCAACAGAUGGUGGGGAAGAACGAAGUGUAUUGGGGUCACAUAUCCUUUGGUCUGCUGGAAGGGUUCCCAAUACUGAUAUGCUAGAUUCUGAUAAAGCGGGUGUUCGGAUUGAUAGAAAGGGGUUUGUAGAAUGCGAUGAAUACUUACAGACCGCGGCAGAAGGGACCUAUGUUUUGGGAGAUGUCAAGGGAGGCCCGGCUUUUACGCAUAUAUCGUAUGACGACUUUCGCAUUCUCAAGAAUAACAUACUAUCGUCUAGCUCUCCGAAGCUAUCAACAAAGGAUAGAAUGGUCCCAUACACCGUCUACACAGACCCUCAAUUAGGUCAUAUUGGCCUUCACGAGAAUGAAGCACGCAAAAUCUAUCCAAAUCGAAAUAUUAAAGUCGCAAAGAUGCCAAUGACAUGGGUCGCUAGGGCAUUGGAAACGGAUGAAACCAGAGGAAUGAUGAAAGCAGUUGUUGAUGGUGAUACAGAAGAGAUAUUAGGGUAUACUUGCUUGGGAAUUGAAGGCGGGGAGAUGAUGAGUAUGGUACAGAUUGCCAUGAUGGGAAAAGUUGGGUAUUCGAGGUUGAGAGAUGCGACUUUUGCACAUCCUACUUUGGCGGAGAGUUUGAAUAAUCUUUGGGGAAGUUUGGAGUAA